AUGUAUGGCAUCAAACGGCCAGGAUUUGGUUUGCCGCUCAAUUACAUGGUGGUUGCAAAGCCGUUUCCAGUUCUCGCCGGCGAAGACGAUAAUCCAAAGGAAUGGAAAGCUGUCACCUUGACUGUUCGCGAGAUAUGCAUGCUCAAGGUCAUAGAGGAUCUUACCAACAAGCCCGAGUGGUGGCUCAAAGUAAAGGACGAGGAAAUCGCUGCCAAGUGGAUGAAAGAGGCCAUGGAGAUGCUUUGGGAAGACUACCGGCCACAUGGCGAUUUCACCCAGAAAAUGGCUGAAGCGUGCAUCAAGGAGCUACGCCUGAAAGCAGACUUGUACGAAAAGACCGGCCUUGUACCCGUCAUGGACUAUACCUCAGCUGCUAUCAAGUCCGACAACUUGAUCCCCCAAGAUCUCUGCGAUGCUCUUAAAGAUGCUGUUGCUCCCAUGGAAAACGUCCCUGAGGACCAAAAAGACUGGCACCCUGGCAGUGAUGGUAAGGUGCUCGACAUCGUGCAUCCCUCUCUUUGGCCUCUCUACUACGGACACUCGCGUAUCCUAUCAGAUAAGUGUAUCAAUGUCGAAGAGGCGUUGGCCCACUGCGGUACAGGUGUUGUUGUGCCAGAAGACCCCGAGUCCGACGCCAAGCCAUUUGAUAUCGGGGAAGAGGAUUUUGACAAAUUCCAGCCUGCAAGCUACUUCUCGAGACGCUUCCAAUGGCUUCCCUGUGAUGUCGGCUUGACAGGGGACCAUCCUAGCAUUGAUAGCUAUAUCAACAACGCUCACCCUGUCAAACACGCUGCACUCUACCCAGUUGUUGAGAAGUUCAUUGAAAAGUCACUACCGGCCUGGGAUGCUAUCUACAGGUGGCACAAGGAUUUCAGGAUUCAGCGUAUUUUUACCAAAAAUGUUGAAUCUCAAUGCAGAGUGCCGGAAAUCUGCAACUCGGCAAGAUGGUCAGGAGGUUGCAGGCUGAUGACACGGCCGCUGAAUGAAGGGGAGCCUGACCGCCCAGACCCCCGAACUAAGGAAUAUUGGAACAGCGAUCACCAUAAGCGUGAUGAAGAAUGGCUUAACAGGACCCAUCCACAAGGCCGCCCGGAGCCCAAGGAUGAACAAGACCAACUCGUCAAGAUCAAACCGGACGAUGUGAAGCCCUCUGGAUGGUUCAGCAACGCCUCUCGUGUGCAGGUCAUUGUCAAGCUUGCAAACAUUCAUCUCACGCCCGAGAAACCGUCCUACGAUGGAGGGUCUUGGCAUAUCGAGGGUCAACUAAACGAACAUAUAUGCGCAACUGCACUCUAUUACUAUGAUUGUGACAACGUUACCGAGUCUCGUCUGGAUUUCCGGACAACUGCUAAUAGAGAGGACAUGAUGAUGGAGUUACGUUACGAGCAAAGCGACUAUGACAGUAUUGAAGAUGUCUUUGCUAUUCGAGCUGCAGGCGACACCAUCCAGGAUAUUGGUAGCGUUGUCACAAAGCAGGGCAGAAUGCUCUUCUUCCCCAACGUCUAUCAGCAUCAUGUCAGUCCCUUCAAGCUCGCUGACAAGUCACGGCCCGGUCACCGUAAGAUCCUGGCGUUGUUCUUGGUUGACCCCUCGAUACCUAUUAUCUCGACGGCAAACGUACCGCCGCAGCAGCGUCAUUGGUUUGAAGAUAGCCUCCUACAAGGCCAAGUCGGCAAUCUACCUCCUGAGGUGACACGCAUGGUGGUGGAUAAUAUGGAUUUCCCUAUAGGACUAGAAAAGGCAAAGGAGAUCCGGAAGGAGUUGAUGGAGGAGAGGACUUCUCAACAGAGAGGACUGGACGAAAAUCUCAGGAACCUUGAGUGGAAUUUCUGCGAGCAUUAA